CCAAAGAGAAAUAUGUUUAGCAAAGGUCUUAACAAUGAAAAAUGUUUCUGAGACUCUAUGAUAAAUGUGCCUGAUAACACAAUACAUUGCUUGAAGUUGAAGAAUUACCCAGAGGAGGACAUGCUUUAAGUAUCCUUGGUAGUGGGAGUAUGCAUUUAAAUAAAAUAGAUGGCUUCCUAUCGGCUGAAGAUCUGAAUGGACUCAUGCACUAUCAAAAGGCAGUGGUAACUUCUGGGAGAAAUGUACAUGCAUAACACUGAAUUCGGCUCUGCAUGGGAAAAAUGGUAGAAUACAAGGAAUUUGAACAUUUAUUAAUUCCACCCAUUCUGGAUAAUUCCACUUUUUUUUGGAGAUAUAGAUUCGCAAUCAUAAACAUGGAGGGCCCCGGAGAUCCAAAGGUACAUAUUAUACCAUCAUUAUCUAUCACCCCAAUUUAUUUAAAAAAUCAUUAUUGGCUAUAACUAUCUUUAGAGUCUCCCAGUGAAUUCUUGCCUGACUUUUCUUUUAGAGUGUAAGCUUGAUGGGGCAGGGCCACUGCCUUUAUCUGUGUAUUGUAUCACUGCCAAGAACUCUACUGACAUAAUAAUAACAAUGCACAUAUUUGCGUCUGAUCCCACUUCAACUGAAGUCAAUGACAGAUGGCAGCAAAGCAGGCAGGGAUCACAAUGUAUGCGAUUAUCUCACCCCCUUGCGUCAAUUACCACAACAAUGGGAACCCACUGGCUCGGGAUUCCAGGGGCAGAAUUUGCCUUUUUGAAAAUCCUCUGCUAUUAACUACUGUUCUUAAACUGCUGCGGCUGGCACCUUCAGCAAUGAUUUCCUAUGGGAUUAUAAGGAAUACAGACAGGGGAGCAUCAUCUUUAAAAAUAAACAACUUUUCUGAGUUUAAAUUGCCUUCUCCUGAAAACCCACUGCAGUGGGAGAGUCUUGUUAUUAUCUUGCUUGUUUAUUAAGAAGAGACAGCAGGGGUCACCACAUGAAAGAAGCCAUUUUCUCUUCAGCAGCUAUCUUUUCUUUUGCCAGUUUCUUUUUUUUAAGCUGCAUUUGACUGGGGUGUCAUGCACAAAAUUCCAGCUCCGAAGUAAUCCUGAGACAGGAAAGUAGAUGUGUAGGGCAGGGCGGCCCAACCCCGUUGUUAGCUUGGAGUUGUGAAAUCUGCAGGGCUGGUGCCCCGGCAGCAGCUGAACUAGAUAAUAUUCCGUUGCAACCGGUUAAACGGCGCUUCCUCCUGCCCCGAAUGUGGCUUAGCGGAUUGUCGGGUUGACGAAGGAAAUGCUCGUGUUUUGACCGGAGCUGUAAUGCAGUGUGGAGAUGGGCAGGUCUUGAGAGGAUGUGAUCGGAAUGCCAAGCGCUGCAGAAAUCAGCUAUCUAGUUCUCCCUCCCUCCUCCCAUCCUGGGGACCCCCCUCCCGGCCACCCUCCCCACUCUAGGCGAGAUCGGCUUUGCCCGCAUUUCCAGCCCACCCCUCUUGCAAUUGCAAGUCGCACCAAUAGAACAGGACAAUGCUGGGGAAUCAGCCAGGCCCUUUGGCAACACAAACGUAAACCCAGUGACUUACUGGUAGGUUUCCCCCCACCCACCCCCGCCUGCUGCAGCCACCUGCUCCUCGUGUCCUUGCUGCAAGCUGAGGGGCGAGACAUCAGCAGUCCGGCUGCCCGGGGCUCUCUGCGGCUCGCGGGGCAGCUCCCGGGGACGCUCGGGCUCGAGGCAUGGCAUAGAGCGCCUCUGUUUCCCCUCCCGAAGCGGCGGCGAAGCGGCAGCCCCCCAAAUGGCCUGGCCAGAUGCGGCAGGUCUGCUGCUCAGCGCCGCGACUGGAGGAGGCUCCGUGCGCCAGCAGCAGCAGCAGCGCCCGCCCCGCUGCGCCUCCCGAGCAGCCGCAGCCCUGCAGCCCGGACAGCAGCCGGCGCCGCAGCAGCCGCCGCAGCCGACGGCAUGAGGCGCGAUCCGACCCCCGGCUUCUCCAUGCUGCUCUUCGGGGUGUCUCUCGCCUGCUACUCCCCCAGCCUCAAAUCGGUGCAGGACCAGGCGUACACCGCGGCCGUGGUGGUGGAGGGCAAGGUGCAGGCGCUGCCCCCCCCGCCCGGCAGUGGCAAUGGCACCCGCGAGCCCCCUGCCUCCGCUGGGGGAGUCCUGGUGAAAGUCUUGGACCUGUGGCCCCGCAACAGCGGGGGGCUGCAGCGCGAGCAACUGAUCAGCGUGGGCAGUGCGGGCUCCCCGGCGCCCUGCUUCAAAGUGAAGAGGAACCACCGCUACAUCUUCUUCCUGGAACCCACCGAGCAGCCCCUGGUCUUCAGGACAUCCUUCGCCCCCCUGGACACCAGCGGCAAGAACCUCAAAAAGGAUGUGGGCAGGAUCCUGUGCGCAGACUGCGCUGUUCCUCCAAAACUGAAGAAACUGAAGAGCCCAAAUGUUCACGUAGGGGAAAAAAUUUCACUGAAAUGUGAGGCUACUGCAGGGAAUCCCCAGCCCUCCUACAAGUGGUAUAAAGAUGGCAAAGAACUGAAGAAGAGCAAGGACAUCCGAAUAAAAUACGGGAAUGGCAAAAAAAUUUCCAGGCUGCAGUUCAAUAAGGUGAAGCUGGAAGACGCUGGGGAGUAUAGCUGUGAAGCUGAGAAUGUGCUAGGGAAAGACACAGCAAAAGGCAGCCUUAAUGUGAGAAGUGUAACGACCACACUCUCCUCCUGGUCAGGACACGCCAGAAAAUGCAACGAAACAGCCAAAUCCUAUUGCGUCAAUGGCGGGGUGUGCUACUACAUCGAGGGGAUCAAUCAGCUGUCUUGCAAAUGUCCAAAUGGAUUCUUCGGACAGAGAUGUUUGGAAAAACUGCCUUUGCGAUUGUACAUGCCAGAUCCUAAGCAAAGUGUCCGAUCGAAUUCACCGGGGACCGGUGUGAGCACUUCGCAAUGGUCAGCUUCUCCAAAGCUGAAGAGCUCUAUCAGAAGAGAGUUUUAACCAUCACUGGAAUCUGCGUUGCAUUGCUUGUGGUUGGAAUAGUAUGUGUGGUCGCUUACUGUAAAACCAA